UGUGCUAGUUGGUAUGGCUCGAACAACGCACAAGCUCAAGCGCCGAUUCGCUCGUCGACUCGCCGCUUCUUCCUCGCCUUCUUCCACGAGAAGUCCGCCGGCGCCGCCACCCUCUCCCACGCCGUCCUCUGCUGCCGCGGCCGCCGUCACACUCUCCCUUGUCGCCGCCCCCAUCCUCUCCCGCGGUGCCGCCGCCGCCGCCACCACCGGAAGGACGCGCUGACGGGAGGAGGACGAAGAAGGUGAGCGGGAAGAAUGCGCCGGCGCACUCUGCGCCCCCUCCUCCCCUGCCGAUCUGAAUCCUAAGAAUACAGUAGAAACGUUUUACGGUUGUCAAAGACUUGACCACUAGAUCGGUUAUUAGCGGUCAACCACCGAGUAGAACGCCCCCCUCGCAUCAGAGCGGGCGGCGAUGGCUCGGAGCCCCUGCGACCUCCGCCUCCUCCUCCUCGCCGCCGCCGCAGCCUUCAUCUACAUCCAAGUGCGCCUCUUUGCUACCCAGUCUCAUUACGCCGACCGUCUUGCAGAAGCAGAAAAAUCUGAAAAUCAAUGCACCAGCCAAUUAAGGUCCUUGAUCGAUCGAGUCAGCAUGCAGCAGGAGAAGAUUGUAGCACUGGAAGACAUGAAGAUACGACAAGAUGAAGAACGUGCACAGCUGAAGAUUUUGAUCCAGGAUCUUGAAAAAAGGAGUGUGCAGAACUUACUAAACAAGAAUGUGGUUCCUGUUGCUGCUGUUGUCAUUAUGGCUUGCAAUCGACCAGACUACUUGCAGAGAACAGUUGAAUCUAUCCUGAAGUAUCAGACAUCAGUUGCUUCAAAGUUUCCGCUUUUUAUAUCUCAGGAUGGAACAAAUGGAGCAGUGAAAAAGAAAGCUUUGGAUUAUAAACAAACAACAUAUAUGCAGCAUGUGGAUCUUGAACCUGUGCAAACUGAAAGGCCAGGAGAAUUGACAGCAUAUUACAAGAUUGCUAAACAUUAUAAGUGGGCCUUGGAUGAGCUAUUCAUUAAACAUAACUUUGUUCGAGUAAUCAUUCUGGAAGAUGACAUGGAGAUUGCCCCAGAUUUUUUUGACUACUUUGAGGCUGCAGCUAAAUUACUUGAUAAUGACAAGACGAUUAUGGCUGUUUCUUCUUGGAACGAUAAUGGGCAAAAGAAAUUUGUUAAUGACCCAAAAGCUCUUUACCGCUCAGAUUUCUUUCCUGGGCUUGGAUGGAUGUUAACAAAGUCCACUUGGAUUGAACUGUCUCCGAAGUGGCCCAAAGCUUAUUGGGAUGAUUGGGUGAGGCUAAAGGAGGUACAUGGGAACCGGCAAUUCAUUCGCCCAGAAGUCUGUAGAACAUACAAUUUUGGCGAGCAUGGAUCAAGCAUGGGACAAUUCUUCAAACAAUAUUUGGAACCCAUUAGGUUAAAUGAUGUUCAUAUUGACUGGAAUACUGAGGAUCUGAGCUACCUUGGAGAGGAUAAGUUUUUAAUCCAAUUUGGAAAAGAGGUGGCUAGUGCCACGCCUCUCCAUGGAUCCGAUGCUGUGUUGAAAGCCCACAACAUGGGUGCAGAUGUAAGGAUCCAGUACAACGAUCAGGAAGACUUUGAGCGGAUAGCUCGUCAAUUUGGAAUAUUCGAUGAAUGGAAGGAUGGCAUCCCAAGAACAGCUUACAAAGGAGUAGUAGUCUUCCGGUACAACAGUAGUCAAAGGCGGAUAUUUCUCGUUGGCCCAGAUUCUCUUGGUCAACUUGGGGUGUAGCAGUGUUGAGGUGGUAAAUUUCACCAUGGAGCAAAUAGUGAACCCUUCUUUUAGCAAAGUUUGAAAUGGCACAUGUUGGCAGAUGCCUUUAUUGAUUUCAGUCAGCAUUGAACAACAGGUAUGCAUGGCGAAGAAAUUUUUGAGAAGUGAUUGUCUCCAAGGUACUGAGAGAAGCAUGGGCACGCUUUAUGGGAACAUUUGCAGGAUAUAGAGCAUUGUUUAGUUAGCAACAGAGUUUUGGCCUAGAGUGUGGAUUGACACGAUGCCACGGUAUACAUGCAUAGGAGAAUGUAGCAGCAGCUCACUAGCUAACCUACAUACUCGAUCAUUAGGGUAAAAGAAGGGUGAUUUAUGACAGAAUUUUUCAUGUGAUGCUGCUCUUGGUGUGAACGAGUCCAGUCCCAUGCAUCCUUUACAAUGAAUCUUGGGCACCAUGCUUGUGUUUGUAGUGGGCAAUACGAUGGAGUAUAUCGUCGAAUCCAUUCAAUUCAUCAAAGGGCUGUUGUCGUCUUGUUCUGAA